GAUGAGUUAUUUGACUCGUCGUAUGAGGGAUUGUUGUCGCUAGGCGAAACGCUUGGGGAAGUCAGGUCGAGAGCUACGCCUGCCGACGUCAUUGCCUCGCUUCCAACGGGAACCUAUCAAGCAUGGGCUAAGGAAGACAGCGAGACACGGUGUCCAAUAUGUUUGGAUGAUUAUGGGCGCGACGAUCCUGUCACAAAGCUCGUUGAAUGUACCCAUUGGUUGCAUAAAGCUUGUUUGGAGCAAUGGCUCAAGACAGCGAAUACUUGCCCUGUAUGUCGCAAAAAGGUCAAGAAUUCU